AUGAACGAAACCCGUAAAAGAAAUCAUCAAUCCGCUGAUGUUGCCAGUAUCUCUCACGCUAAACGCCACCGCGCAGACGAUGGAAACAACAAUGCAACGGCUCAGGACGAUACUAGGAUACCGGAUAGUUCUCAACUAGGGGCAGUAAUAGUACGCAAUGGUAAGGUACUAAAGGUUGUGCUCAAAAAUUUCAUGUGCCAUCCCCACCUGGCGGUUGAGUUCAAUAAGCGGGCCAAUCUCCUAGUUGGUAAGAACGGUAGCGGAAAAAGUGCCAUUCUAGCUGCCAUGACCGUCGGACUUGGUUGCAGUGCAACCCAAACGAACCGGUGCAAUAGUUUAAAAGAUCUUAUUAAACAUGGGGAAACUCAGGCCGUAAUUGAAAUACAUCUGGAGAACGCUGGUUUCGACGCGUAUGAUAAGGAACGGUAUGGUAGUCGCAUUAUUUGCGAACGCAUGAUCAGCGCCACCAGUGGAGGAUCGUACAAGCUGAAAAACGAGCACGGACAAGUCGUCUCGACUAGUCGAGCGGAACUGCAGAAAAUUCUUCUUGCCUUCAACAUCCAAGUGGACAAUCCGAUCUGUGUGCUGAAUCAAGAUCUAGCCCGGUCGCUGCUAAAAGACUCGGACGAAAGCAAGCAGUACACGUUUUUCACAAAGGCGACUCAGAUCGAUUCGAUAAAGCAGAAACUGAAUGAGUGCGUUAACGUCGCCGAGCAAGCGCGCAACGUGUUAUCAGUAAAGGAGCAGAGCCUGGAAAUUUUAACGAGCGAGAUUGACGUACUGGAGGAGAAGCAACGAACCCUCGAAUCGGCUGGUCGGUUGAAUGAGGUAUUGCAGGAACUGCAGACGAAUCUGGUGUGGCGAAACGUGCUAGACCUCGAGCAACAGCUGGCGGUAGUGGAUGAGCAACUGAAGAAGCUGCGAUCGUCGAUCGAGGAGCAGGAGAAUCGUAUUGCCAACCGCGAAUCGCUGGUUGCGGACACGGAGCGAACCAUCCAGACGCAUCGUGCCGAUAUCGAAGGAAAAAAGACGGAAUACGUCGCGCUGAAAGAGACCUACGCCGAGGUUCGUCGGAAGUUACAGGAAGCACAAACCAAGCAAGCCGAUAUUGAACGUACUGUGCGGAAGGCAAAUGAUCGAAAAGCAAGGCUAGAGGAGGAAAUGCGACACAUCGAGCAGGCGUUGCAGGAACGCAAUAAAGACGGUUUGAGUCAGAUCGAACAGGAAAAGCAGAAAAUAGAAACCGAGAAGGCUCAGCUCGAUGAGCGCAAAACGGAGCUGGACGCAAUGAUAGCGAACGCGCAGCGUGAUGUGGAAAUGAUGCACAAUACGCUAAGCCAGCUGAAGGAUGUACGCGAGGAAAAACACCACGCGCGCCUGGCCAAGCAAAGCGAGGCAACGCGCAUCAACAAGCAGCUUGAGCAGUUUCAAUCGGCACCACGAAGCAAGUUGGCGGUCUAUGGUGCAAACAUGCCGGCCCUGGACGCGCGAAUCCGCCAGCUGCACCAACAGGGCAAGUUCUCCGAGUUGCCGCGAGGUCCGCUCGGUCAGUAUAUCGAGGUGCGGAACAAGAAGUGGAGCGGUAUCGUAGAAACGGCACUCGGUGGAUGCCUGUCGGCGUUCUAUGUCGCGACACAGGAGGACUGGAGCACGCUCGAUGGGUUGCUGAGGCGCGAUUUUCCCGACCUGCAAAACCGCACCAUAUACACGGGUCGCUUCGUGAAGGAAUUAUACGACGUGCGUCAGGGUUGCGUACAGGAGCAAGAUGGAACACACUUGCUGAUGAAUUUAAUUAAGGUGAACGAUCCCGUCGUUAUGAACCGUCUGAUCGAUAGCGCUGCUAUCGACACAAUCCUGGUUACAGAGCACCAGAGCGUUGCCAUUCAGCUUACGAGCGAAACCGAGAACGUACCGCGGAAUCUGAGCAAGGUGAUUGUGGCUGAGCCGUGUUCGGAGUUUUACCCGCAACCAAAAUACCGCUCGUACGGGCUGCAGCAAAAACCGCCCCGUUACCUUCAAGUAAGCAUGGACGAGCUGAAGCGCCAGACGCAGCACCGCAAGGAGCAGCUGCAAUGCGAGUUGGUGGAGCUUAACCGAGUGGUCGAGGAGGAGAACGGUCGGCUGCAGGAGAAGUCACGCCAGCUACACCAGCGGCAAGAGCAACUCAAGCGGCUCCAACAGGAACUGCUAACCAUCGAACAACGGCUCCAGCAGCUUGCCACCGUCGUAUUUGUCGAGGAAACGGAAGAGACUACGCUCCGGGCCGAACUGGAGCAGCUCCACACUAUGCGGGACAAGCUGCAGGAAGCGAUCGAGCAGCAUCAAACGAAGCUGACUGACAUGCACCAAGGUGUCCAAUCGGAGGAACGAACAGCACAAGAGCGAAAAGACGCAAUGGCGACGAUCGAGGCAGAAAUCGCCAACAUUCAGAGGCGCAUCGACGAAGAGAACCAGAAGCGUCACGACCUGCAAACGAACCGCAAAGUGAAGGUGCAGGAGCUGCAACGUUGCAAGGAUAGUUUGCGCGAACGGAUGGGCAUUCGAACCGCGCUGCACGAGGGGGUUGAACAAGCCCGUCAGGAAGCUAUCUCCAAGGGCAAUCGACCGGACGCGAGCGAAGCAAUCGAAACGGUAGAACAGUUGAAGAAAAAAAUUCAUUCCACCGAAAAGCGCAUCAGGCAAGUGAAUGCGACACAGGAAAACCUCGAGGACGUCAGACAGGAACUAGAGACCAAGACACGGGAACGGGACGAGCUGGUUCGGUAUGCUUCGUCGCUGCGCAGCAUCACGACACUGAUGAACAACACCCGGAAGUCGCGUUUCGCCUAUCUGUUCAAGCUGACCUCCCACAUGUCGCUCCGUGUGAAGCACAAGUUCAAGAGCAUUAUGCAGAUCCGUAACUACGUCGGCACGAUUCGAAUCGACCGGGAGCAAGGCAAGCUAGCGCUCUCGGUUGUGCCACGGGACGGCAACAUUCAGAAUGCCGUUUCGACCACGAAAUCACUUUCAGGCGGCGAACGUUCGUACGCCACUGUUGCGUUUCUAAUCUCCCUUUGGUCGUGCGUCGAUACGCCGUUCUUCUUUCUGGACGAGUACGACGUGUUCACCGACCAGGUGAACCGUCACACAAUGACCAGGCUGCUGUUGAAUGAGGCCAACAAGAAACCGGACCGGCAGUUUUGCUUCCUGACGCCGCAGGACAUGAGCGAGGUGCAGGCAACACCUGAUCUGACCAUCCACCGCAUGGAAGAUCCAGAGCGAUGUUGAUCCGACUGCCCUCACGCACAGAACUGUUGAAGCUAACUGCACUCUAUUUUGUUAAGCAUUUUAUCUACUAAC